UUAGUUCAGACAUCAUUCAGGAAACAAUGUGCAUAUGAUAUGUGCGUGUUGUUAUUAAGUGAAGAUACUUUGUGAUUGAAGAUAAAUAAAUAUAAACAUGAGUGAAAGUACUGAUGUAAAAAAUAAUGAAGAAGACAAUGUAGUAGUUACUUGGAAAGAUUUGGGUAUAGUAGAAACCCUAUGUAAAGCUUGUGAAGAUUUAAAAUGGGAGAAGCCAACUAAAAUUCAAAAAGAGGCAAUUCCUUUAACACUUCAGGGUAAAGAUAUAAUAGGCUUGGCAGAAACGGGAUCUGGUAAAACAGCAGCUUUUGCACUUCCUAUAUUACAAGCUUUAUUAGAAAAUCCUCAAAGAUAUUUUGCUUUAAUAUUAACACCUACCAGAGAAUUAGCAUUUCAAAUUUCAGAACAAUUUGAAGCACUAGGUUCAAGUAUAGGUGUAAAAUGUGCAGUAAUAGUUGGUGGUAUGGACAUGAUGUCACAGGCUCUAAUAUUAGCAAAAAAGCCACAUAUACUUAUUGCUACACCUGGAAGAUUAGUUGAUCACUUAGAAAAUACUAAAGGCUUUAAUUUACGUUCUUUAAAAUUUCUGGUAAUGGACGAAGCGGAUCGUAUUUUAAAUAUGGACUUUGAAGUUGAAGUUGAUAAAAUUUUGAGAGUUAUCCCACGUGAAAGGCGAACACUAUUAUUUUCAGCUACAAUGACAAAAAAAGUACAGAAGCUGCAACGGGCUUCUUUGCGCAAUCCAGUUAAAGUUGAAGUGUCUACUAAGUAUCAAACAGUUGAUAAAUUACAACAAUAUUAUAUAUUUAUACCUGUCAAAUUCAAGGACGUAUAUCUGGUACAUAUUUUAAAUGAAUUAGCUGGUAAUAGUUUCAUGAUAUUUUGUGCAACUUGCAAUAAUACAGUAAGAACAGCAUUACUAUUACGUAAUUUAGGAUUUACGGCUGUACCUUUACAUGGGCAAAUGUCACAGAAUAAAAGGAUUGCAGCUCUUACAAAAUUUAAAGCCAAGAAUAGAUCUAUACUUAUCUCUACAGAUGUUGCUAGUAGAGGUCUCGAUAUUCCUCAUGUUGAUAUAGUAAUAAAUUUUGAUAUACCUACGCAUAGUAAAGAUUAUAUACACAGGGUUGGUCGAACUGCACGUGCAGGUCGUUCAGGGCGCUCAAUUACAUUUGUAACGCAAUAUGAUGUUGAACUUUAUCAAAGAAUAGAACAAUUAAUUUCAAAACAAUUACCUCUUUAUGAAACAGAGGAACAAGAAGUAAUGCUACUACAAGAACGGGUAGCAGAAGCUCAACGUAUCGUAAAAAUGGAACUGAAAGAUUUAGAGGAUAAUAAAAAGUCCGGUAAACGAAAAAAACGUGCAAAUAUGGACAAUGAGGAUGAUACAGAGCAAUCAUUUGGAGUUAGAAAGAGAAUAAAAGGCAAGGGAAAGGGAAAAGGAAAAGGUAAAGUUUAACAGUAUGGUGGAAAUGAGCUUCCUGAUGUGUUUAUCACUUACCAUCACGCGAAUUUCAAUGUACAAGAAUAUUUGGGAUGAACUGCGAUAAAGAUUAUGCAGAAUAAAUGUAUGCAUAAGUAAAAGGCUAAGAAAUAAGGACAAUCUUUAUAAUACUGAGAAAAUUAGCAUUGUAUUAUAAUGAUUUUAAGUCUUUUCACAGAGCGAAUAAUAUUUAUCUUUCACUCGAAUAAUCACAAUAAAAUAUGUAAUAAAAAUCACAACUUUUACCAUUGCCAUUUAUCAUCUGCAAUAAAUCUGUUAGAUGAAAUUAAUAAAGCACCGAGGCAAAACAUUAUUAUAUGGUCAAUAUGUCUACUUGCACGCUUUGAAUAAGAUAUAAAGUAAGAUUGAUAAAGCAGAAUCCUGUUUAUAAAAAAAUGCGAGCUAUAAAGAAAAUCAUGUAUAUAGAUAAAUAGAAAACUAUUUAAAAGAUAUUAUGAACAUUAUGUAUAAUGAACACAGCAAACUAUUGCAGAAUUGAUUGAUAAAUUUCUCUCUAAGUUUCUUUAAAAAUGAUCAAUACAACUCUAUGCUUGUUUUAAGACAAAUAUUAAGGGAACAAUUAUUGUUCCAUUAAGUAUUUAUAAUUACAGUGACUUCUAAAAUCUAAUAAAUUGUUAUUAAUUGUAUAAAGUAGCAAUAAAUCCUUUAGUCUUUACUUGUAUAACAGUUUAGUUUUGACAUAACGUGCACUAGAAAAUAUUGUGAUGCUGCUUAAAGUGAAAAUUUUCAAGUAUAGAUAAAUACAUCUUUAAAAAUACAAUUAAUUAAAAUGGUGCUAUAUAAAUUGUAACUCUUAAUUAUCUAUCCUGAUUAUUAAUGCAUUAUUAACAAGCGCAAUGCUGUCAAUAUAUAUACACACACAUAUAUAUAUAUAUAUAUAUAUAUAUAUAUAUAUAUCGACAAAGUUAUCAGUAUAAGAAAGUGUAUGACACAUCACAAAACUUUGCUGAACAUGCUAAGAAUAAUAAAUUCAUAUUGAACUAUACAUGUGCAAACAACCUUUCACUGCAAUAUCAUCUUUUUAGAAGCUACAUAUAUAUAUAUAUAUAUAUAUAUAUAUAUAUAUAUAUACACAUAUAUAUAUACAUAUAUGUACACACACACGCGCAUUUGGUUGCUAUUUGAAGUAAAUUGAAAAAAUGCAUUAGGUGGGUUCAUCAUGCAAAUAUCCAUCGCUGCAUUUUUGUAACAGGAAUUUCUGCUUAAAGUAUAUUUACGCUUUAAUCAAUAUUUAGAUUAAAUCUCUAUACUAAUCGAACGUACGAGAAUCUCCAUCUUAUUAUCACUAAAUGAUGUAAGUUUAAUCUCGUUGUCGAGGGCGUUUAUAAUAACGAACAGCGCGCGUGCAAGCGAUCACUUCAGUCUCUGAAGCAAAGACUUUGUCUGAAGUUAUUUAUUCCAAAUGCCGAUACUGUUAACACUGCUCGAUAUGAGAAAAUACAUAUCAAAAAAAGAAGAAAAA